UACAUUAUCAUCAUUUCAAGAACACCGAGACUAAAUGGCGCAAAAACCACGAACGGUGAUCUGCGUCGGAGACAUCCAUGGAUACAAAUCGAAGCUCAAUAACCUCUGGCUUAAUCUCCAAUCCGCCAUCGACCCAUCAGAAUUCAGCUCAGCUCUCGUCAUCUUCCUCGGCGAUUACUGCGAUCGUGGACCAGAGACUCGAAAAGUCAUCGAUUUCUUAAUCUCUUUACCGGAGAAACAUCCCGAUCAAACUCACGUCUUUCUCGCCGGGAACCACGACUUCGCCUUCUCUGGGUUCUUGGGUUUGUUGCCCCGUCCUUCAGAUGGGUCUGAUUUGAAGGAUACGUGGAAGGAGUACGAGGGUAGUGAGGAGAGAGAAGGAUGGUAUAGAGGUGAAGGGUUUGAGGAUAUGCAUCUUCAAGGUAGGAGAUGGGCUGGUAAAAUUAAGGCUACGUUCAAUUCUGUAAAAGGGAUGGCUUAUAAGGGUUCGAUUUAUGAUGCUGGAUCGACUUUUGAAUCUUAUGGUGUUCCUCAUGGAUCUUCUGAUUUGAUGAAGGCAGUACCUGAGAGUCACAAGAAGUUCUUGACCAAUAUGGUAUGGGUUCAUGAAGAGGACGAUGUUUGUAUAGAUACCGAGGAAGGGCUUAAGCAUUGUAAGUUGAUCGCCGUACAUGCUGGUUUAGAGAAAGGGAAUAACGUAGAAGAACAACUGAAGCUUUUGAGAGCUAAAGACACUAGCAUCUCAAAAAUACAACAUCUAAGUGGUCGGAAAAAUGUUUGGGACAUCCCACAGGAGUUGGAUGAUAAACAUACUGUUGUUGUUAGUGGGCACCAUGGAAAACUUCACAUCGAUGGCAUGAGAUUGAUAAUCGAUGAAGGCGGUGGAUUCCCGGAUAAACCUGUGGCAGCAAUUGUUCUUCCUUCCAAGAAGAUUAUCCGCGACACCGAUAAUUUGUCUAGUUAAGUUUUUCUCAUCUAUCUAUUGUACCAAAGUAAAUUUUGAUUUCAAAA